UCGAACUUUUCUCUCGAUCUUCCACUCACUGCGUGUCACUGCGAUUGAUGGUCGAGUCACUCGAGGUGAAGGAGCCGCUGCUGUCGCUGCAGUGCGCUCUCGGUGAAGGAUGCGUAUGGGACAGCAAGACGGGCCGGCUGUACUUUGUCGACAUUGAUAAUCAUCGUGUGUACACGUAUGAGCCCAGCAGCGGCACCCAUGGAUUUGAGACGUUUGAAGAGCCCAUCACCUCGCUCGUCCUGCGGCGAGAGCAUAGCGGGCUCGUCGCCACGGCUCGAUAUUCUUAUGUCCUUCUCACGGAGCAGGAUCUCCCAUUUCCCCCAACAAGCUCUACGCAGCCUCGCAAGCUUCGACACCUCACACAGGAACUGGACGCGGAAAUCGUCGCCUCCACGAAGCGCUUCAACGAUGGCUCCUGUGAUCCUCACGGUCGCUACUGGGCCGGCAUCAUGGGCGUUCCAUUGGAGAUGAAAGGUGCUCUUUUCGUCCUUGACUCUCUUCCAAAUGGACACAAGCUCGAGGACAUCGCAGAAGGCAGGGCGCCCAAGCUUGCCCCGCGAAAGAUGAAGGACACUAUCGGCAUCAGCAACGGCAUGGCGUGGCUGCCAAACAGCAAGAUGCUCCACACCGACUCGAAAGUGCGCGAGAUCACAAUGUACGACGUAUCUAGCGAUGGCACACUCAGCAACCCGAGCCUCUUCUACAAAGAGUCGGGCAGCCCCCACGGUCUGAUUCCCGACGGUUGCUGCCAGGACGCGCAGGGCGGCAUCUGGUCGGCUCGCUUUCAAGGUGCCAAAGUGACCCGGAUCAACGCCGCGACGGGCAAGGUGGACUUUGAGGUCCGCUUACCCACGUGCUGGAACCUGACCUGCUGCGUCUGGGGCGGCGAGCAUCUCGAGGAUCUCUACGUUACGUCGGCUCACUGUGAUGCAGAGGGAGACCGACCGCAGAGCGAGAUGCCGCACUCGGGAGAUCUCUUUGUCGUCCGCGGGCUCGGUAAGAUGUUCAAGCCAAUAGACAAGCCGAGGUACGACGGAAAUACAUCCAUCUUACAGUUCCGGCUUCUGAGGGAGUUGGGCCAGGGCGGGUGACGGAGAGGGAAAGGACGUGCCUACACAGGUGCCCGGACCGACUCUCACGUGACGAGGCGCGUU